GGAAACUGCAUAGUGACAGAGACCUCAUUCACGUUCAUCGCUUUUCAUUUGGCUCUCACUUAGGAAAAAGAACAAAGGGAUUAUUGGAAUUUGGGAUUAUAUUACAGUAUACCAAACGUUUGAUCAUGCUCAUCAGGCAGGGGGCGCUCAUUGCUUUCUGUUUCUGUUCGACUGUUAUUGUGAGCGGGGAGGAGCAGGCAUAUUUUGCAGAAACAUUUGACACAAGCCCAUUGGAUAGAAAAUGGGUUAUUUCCCAGUCACUGAAAGAAGGAGACUUGGACAUUCAUAAAUAUGAUGGAAAGUGGCUUUUAGAAGAAGCAAUGAAUCAAGCCUCAACGGGAAAUAAGGGCCUUGUCCUUAAGUCUCCUGGCCGUCACCAUGCUAUUUCUGCAUACCUACGGACGGUGUACCACUUCAGAGACAGUCCUCUGUGUCUACAGUAUGAAGUUUUCUUCCAAAAUGGCAUUGACUGUGGAGGAGGCUAGAUAAAGUUGCUGUCUGAUUCAGACGACCUGCGAUUGAGUCAGUUUAAUGAUGCUACACCGUACACCAUCAUGUUUGGUCCAGACAAAUGUGGAAGUAUAUACAAAGUACAUUUCAUCAUCCGCCAUCAGAACCCACUGACAGGCAUGUAUGAGGAAAAACACGCCCGGCAGCCUGACGCUGACCUGAGUGACUAUUUCACUGACCACAACCCUCAUCUCUACACUCUUAAUUUGUAUCCUAACAACACAUUUGAAAUUCUAAUUGACCAAACACUAAUCAAUAACGGCAGUCUCCUAGAGGACAUGGAUCCCCCAGUGAUGCCUCCACGUGAGAUAGAGGACCCGGAAGAUACUAAACCCUCUAACUGGGAUGACAGGCGUCAUAUUCCAGAUCCCACCAUAACCAAACCUGAUGACUGGGAUGAAGAAGCACCUCGGCUUAUUGCUGACCCCACAGCGCAGAGACCUCAUAGCUGGAUAGAAGAGCAAGAGCCCUUUGUCCCUGAUCCUGAGGCUCAAGCUCCACAUGACUGGUCAGUGGAGAUGGAUGGAGAGUGGGAAGCUCCACUCAUUGAUAACCCUGCCUGCUCCCAUGCUGCAGGCUGUGGGCCGUGGAAGCCUCCCAUGGUGCCCAACACGGCAUAUAAGGGGAAAUGGAAACCACCUAUGAUUGACAACCCAAAUUAUCAGGGAAAAUGGCAGCCACGAAUGAUCCCUAACCCAGCUUACUUUGAGGACACUCAGCCAUUCAGAAUGAGUCCUGUGUCUGCAGUAGGCUUUGAGCUGUGGUCCCUAACCGGAGAUGUGCUGUUUGACAACAUCCUGUUGUGUGAUGACCUCAUGAUCGCCAGACACUGGACAGAGGACACAUGGGGACAAAGUCAGAGACCUGGAGUUGUGGAGAGGCUACUGUUUGCCACAGUAAAGCGUCCCUGGCUCUGGGGUGUGUACGUGUUCACCGUGGGCCUUCCCAUCAUCCUCUUUAUUAGUUUCAUGUGGCCUGAUAAGCGAUUUGGUCCCUCGGAUCAGGAUUAUUACUACAAAAAAUGUGAUGAGCCUCAGCCAGACAGUCCACAGGAUCCAGAGGGCAACACCACAAAUUUCACAAAUAAUGGACCCAACAACUCUACUGGCCUGAGGAAACGGGAAGCCAACAAAGCACAGAAAAAAUCAGACUUGGAGUUAAAGGUCUUCAAAUAAUGCAAGUCAAAGUAAACCAAUAGAAGACAAAACAUUUACAAUAUUUAGACUUACAAUAUCCUAAACUUGAACGAUUCACUGGACACUCCAGAGGGAAAAAUAUAAUUUUUCCCCUUUACUUCUUAAAAAAAAGUAAUCAUGUGAUCAUGUCAGAUAAAGUGAUGGGACCGAGAGUUCAUUUUGUAAGCUGGGAUUUUGUGAACUGUAACAAAAGUAUGGCUUGUUUUCCAAUAAAUCUGUGUUUCGAAUUAAGGUAACUUUCUCUUUCACAUCAAAAAUAAUGCUGGAAUUUUCUAAAUAAAAACUGUUUCUUUUUUCCUAUUUACUAUUAAAUACUAAAUGUAGCAGAUUAAACUAUCUGAUAAAUGAUAGAAUUUAAUGGUGUUAUCCUAUUGCACUUGAUUUGAGAAGAAUGGUCACACUGUUAGCAUUCAGGCCUGACAAAAUCACUCAGAAGAAACUGAGAAACUGUGCUGCUUUUUUUGCCAAGUUGUUUUAUAUAUAUAUAUAUAUAUAUAUAUAUAUAUAUAUAUAUAUAUAUAUAUAUAUAUAUAUAUAUAUACAUACUAUACUGUUUGGACAUGUAGAACAUAAAUGUUGAAUUUUUAUUUAUGUACAUAUUCCAUCAAUAUUCAUAGUGCCACCUUUGGCUUUGAACAUCUGGAUCCUGAUGUCAUCUGGAGCUCUGUCAGAACGGUGUGUGUAUAAUUAUUCAAGGAAAUGUACAUGUUAAAAAGUUGUUCACAUCUGAUCAGAUCUAUCAGUAAGAUCCUAAAUCAUGUUCAAAUGUCCAUGCUUUUAAGCCUUUUAAGUAAAAAAAAACAAUUACAGAA